UCAUUGUAUAAUAAAAUGGAGAAUAGUUUUUACGACAGGGGGUUCGGCGAAAGAAUUCUGAUGUACAACAUCAAGGAUGUCAACUUCGGCUUUGAACGGAGAGAUAUUUUCCCCACUAACAAACUCUCCUCUUCUGUUGAAGCAAAGAUCUUUGUACCCUAUAAGCCCCUUUCGAUUGUGGAUAAGACAACUACAUUCACUGCAAGAUAUGGAGUUGAUAGAAAUAAACAGCCAAAGUUUUUCAGGGGACUUAGGGUAAUGGGAGGUCUUAAGAACGGCAAGAAUUAUCAGAGUGUUGAUCAAGUUACCUUUUCCACAUCUUAUCAGGAUUUCUACCACUUCGAUGAGAACUCUAUUAAAGAAAUUUCUAUAAUGUAUGAAAAAGAUGAGCUGACAAACAUUUACAUCAAACUCAAGUAUUUGCCUGUCAGUUUCCGGAUGGAGAUAGUCCAGCAGAUUACUGGAGAGCAGAAUGGCAAGAAGGAGUUCAAGCUGCUCAGACAGAAGAGUGAACUCUGGUCGGACAGCAUGUUCAUCAACUGUAUCACCUCUCAGCUCACUGUGAGGAUUACAGGAACUUUGGCUAAGAAAAGUUAUGGAAUGGACCCGAAUGUUAACCGAGCACUGUAUCAGCAACUUUCAAGAGAAUUCGCAGCUACUGAUUUGCUGAAGAAAGAGUUUGGGAUCGCUUACAAAGAUAAAGGCAUUCCAUUCGUAAGGAUCCCAGAUUUUAUGGAUGAAAUGAUUGGAGAGAAACUAACACAUGGAAUUGAUAUUAUUUCUGAAUACUUGGAAGGCCUUCCAUUCAAAGUUCUCUACUCUUUUAUGUGCUUAUUUAGUACCAAGAAAGUUCAUAUCUUAGAUUACCCUCUAGAAGAGUAUAUUGAUACGAUAAAGCAGAUUCUUCAUUACUUAGGAGCAGAUCAAAUGGAGCCAAUGCAAAAAGCGAUGGAUUGCUCUAUAAGAAACAUCACUUACGAAAGCAGGAGGAACUUCAAGACUCUUUUUGAAAACAUUGAGUACAACUUUGAUCUCUUAUCAGGAGAAUACUUCUACCCAACCAAUCAAAAUGAGAAGAGCAAGAAAGCUAUUGAGGUCAGAAGGAUCAUAGUAACUCCUUCUAGAAUGGAGCUUGAGUUUCCAUCUCAAUCUGUUCCGAAUAGGGCUAUCAGGACUCACUUAAAAUAAUCUUGAUGAUUUUGUUUGUGUUUCUUUCCAAAAUGAAGAUCAUCAGAAAGGAAUGUAUGCAUACAAAUCCGAUGAAACUAAUGAUGUCUUGAAUCACAUCGAGCAUACUUUAAAGGAAGGAUUUCUCAUCGGCAGUAAAAGAUUUAAGUUCUUACAUUACUCAAACUCACAAAUGAAAAGUUACUCCUGCUGGUUUAUGAAUGAGGUUUCUCCCCACUUAGUGUAUGAUAAGGUCAUCAAAGUCCUGGGCAACUUUGAUCAUGUGUCUUCAGUUUCAAAGAAUGCAGCUAGAAGAGGCCAAGCAUUUAGUAGUGCAGUCACGACUGUGAGUCUAGAUCUUAAUAAAAAUAUCCUUGAAGAAGACGACAUCAAGAGAAACGGGUUUGAGUUCACUGACGGAUGUGGAGAAAUCGACCCUCUGCUUUUGAAUCAGAUAUGAGAAAGCUACUUUAAUGGAGCCAUGUGAUCAGCAGUCCAGAUUAGAAUGGGAGGGUACAAGGGCAUGCUCAUGGCGUCACAAUUAUUUGAUGGUGAUGAUGUCCAAGUAAAAACAAGAAGGAGCAUGAGGAAAUUUGAUCUAGAUCCAUCAAUCAAAAGUGUUGAUCUAGAAGUUGUCAGGCUGGCUACCUAUAUGCCAGGAUACCUCAACAAACAAGUUCUUUUGGUCCUCUGGGCAAAUGGCAUUGAAAUCGAUACAUUCUUAGGUUUACAAAGAAACUUCGUUGGAAAUCUGAUAGAUUAUUUCAAACUUAAAUAAGUUUGGAAGUUUUUAUUCGUAUCCUGAGAUUAUUUUGCAAUCAUUUCGUAUUAUCACAACUCGGCUCUAUUCGAUGCAUGCUAAAGAUAUACCCUAUCACUUGGAUCCAUUUAUUGCUCCAAUGAUUAAGGCAAUAUCUUUGAGUAAGUUCAAAGGCAUUAAGAAGAAAUUCCGAAUUUACGAUGAAUCCAGUUGAAACCUGAUCGGAGUUGCUGAUCCUUAUGGGGUCCUUGAGGCAGGUGAAGUCUUUGUGCAGUUCAACAAGUACGCCAAGUUUCCAAAUGACCAUGCAGCCUAUGACAAUACCAUCGUUGAAGGUAAGGUGCUGGUCACUCGUUCUCCGUGCGUGCAUCCUGGCGACGUCCGUGUGCUUAAAGCAGUCAAGCAUGACAUGCUACUGGCGCUGGUCAACGUGAUCGUGUUCUCAGUGAAAGGCAAGAGGCCAGAUCAAAACAAAAUGGGGUGUGGAGAUUUAGAUGGAGACAUCUACUGGAUCAACUGGAGGUCAGAGUUCGUUGACAAUUACAUUGAGAAGGAGCCUGAUGUGCAAGAAGAAGAUAAGAAGCAAGUAGAAGAUAAGAAGCAAGAAGAAGAAAAGAAACAGGAGAAGGAGAAAAAGAAAGAUGAGCCUUUCUUUAAGAAACAACCAAGAGAUUUCACAGAUCUGUUUGGGCAAUUACUUGUCAAAGGAAUUUCAAAAGGAAUUUCCAAAGGAAUUGAGUACUAUUCACAGGAAGAAAAACCAGAGAUUGGAAGGCUACAUUGAAUUGAGAACUUUAUCAAUUUUCUGAAGAAAGAUAUUCUUGGACAAGUAGCAAACCUCCAUUGCAAAAUAGCUGAUAGUGAUCGAAAAUAGCAUCAAUGGAGAAAUCUGUCUGGAACUUGCAAAGAUGCAUGCCCAUGCAGUCGACAAUCAGAAGAAAGAUACCCAUCUUGAUGCUGAGAGAUUCUUGGAACUUAAGAAGAGCUUUAAGUUCAAUUCAGAUUUUAUGUACGCUGGCAAGUUUCGUCCUAAAGGUAAAAGGGUGUUUAAGUCUCCUGGAGUACUUGGAAGACUUUACAGAGACAUUGAGAAUUAUAUUCCAAGAGAAGAUAUUCUGAAGUGAGAGUACAAAUAUAAGAUAAUGAAGAAAUAUGAUCUCCCCGAUGGCUUGCUUGAUAACCUCUAUGUUUGUGAUCAUAUUGUAAAUAUUUACGUUUGGUAUGUGAAGCCUUACAAUGAUGACAUCAGAAAACUAAUGAUUGAUCAAAAUCUAUGCAGUGAAGGAGACUUGUUUAAUAGCACAAGUCAGUUUUCUAAUUCUGCUCAAAGACAAGACGACUACAUACAAACACAAGAACAGAUUAGAACAACAAUAGAAGGACUCCAAGAAAAAUACCUAGACAAACUCAAAGAAUACCAACUAACCAAAGCACAUGACCUAAAAUCCGAAGCCCAUCCCGGAAAGUUCAAGCUCCAUCCAGUAUUAGACAAAGCAAUCAAACUCGCUUCCUACUUCAACCCCAACCAUUUCAAACUGAAAUCUCUGGCCAACUUCAAAAAACGCAGAGAAUUCCGUAAAUUCAUCAAAUAUGUCACCGAAGAAAAUGCUAAACAUAAACCAAUAAGCUACACAGAUUUUGAACGUAUCGUGAAUUCAAAUUACUCUGAAGAAAAUGAGAUUUCCAGAAUUGUGCAUCAAGCACAGAUAUUUUCAGCCUGGUGGAUCCUUGGCCGUGAUUAGUGUGAAGAGUUUGGAUAAGAGGUUUUG